CCAACUCAUCAGCAAGUACCUACCUUUUUAUAACGACUUGAACAAAACCCUCCAACAUUUCUCAGUCCCGGUCGUCUUUCUCCGACACUGAAAUCCCAAAUCCCAGUCAAAACCCUAGAUCCGUCUCCGACUUCCUUCAAUACCCACCAUUGUUCACUACUCCACCAUUUCAAAGUUUCUAUCUUUUGGAGUUUUGGGUGAGACCCAAAUCGGAAUCAGAUUGAUCCAUUCAAGUUUCAGAGAGAAAGAAUGCACAGCAAGGCUCCACGUGUCUCCGGCAAUGUUUUCCGGUCACGGAUUCCGACUCUGCUGGUCUCAAUGUUCGCCACCUUCGCAUCAAUCUACGUCGCCGGAAGGUUGUGGCAGGAUUCGGAGAACAGGGUUUAUUUGAUCAAAGAGCUUGAUAGGAUCACUGGGCAGGGGGGAUCUGUCAUAUCAGUGGAUGAUACAUUGAAAAUCAUAGCUUGCAGGGAACAACAUAAGAAGUUAUCAGCAGUUGAGACGGAGUUGGCUGCAGCCAAACAAGAGGGUUUUAGUGUACAGCGUUCGACACUGAAAAAUGGAACCAGGCCACUGUUGGUGAUUGGAAUUUUCACAAAGUUUGGUCGUAAGAACAAUAGAGAUGCAAUUCGUAAGGCGUGGAUGGGAACUGGUUCUGCUUUGAAACAUAUGGAGGACCGGAAGGGAAUAAUUGCAAGAUUUGUUAUUGGAAGAAGUGCAAAUCACGGUGACAGUUUGGACAUAACCAUUGACAAUGAAAACAGGCAGACCAAAGACUUCCUUAUUCUUGAUACCCAUCUGGAGGCACCUGAAGGGGUCUCGCAGAAGGCUAAACUGUUCUUCGCUCAUGUUGCUGAUAAAUGGGAUGCUGAGUUUUAUGCCAAAGUCAAUGAUGAUGUUUAUGUAAAUAUUGAUGUUCUGGGAGCUACACUUGCAACUCAUUUAGACAAGCCUCGUAUUUAUAUUGGGUGCAUGAAAUCAGGCGAAGUUUUCUCUGAGCCGAGUCAAAAUUGGUAUGAACCAGAAUGGUGGAAGUUUGGUGAUAAAAAAUCAUAUUUUCGCCAUGCUUCGGGUGAGAUGUAUGUCAUUUCUCAAGCUCUGGCCAAAUUUAUUUCAAUAAAUAAAGAUAUUCUCCGUACCUACGCCCAUGAUGAUGUCAGUGUUGGAUCUUGGUUUAUUGGGCUUGAUGUUAAACAUCUUAGUGACGCCAAGUUUUGCUGCUCCUCUUGGAAGGGAGGAGCCAUUUGUGCUGGUGUAUGAUUGUUUGCUUCGAGGUCGUGGAUAAAAGUUAAACCAAAUGUAGGGUGAUGGUUUAAAAGACGUUGGAUUACAUCUCUUUGAAGCCUGCACGAUGUAGAGUAUGAUCUGAAUGAGAAUUUGCCCAUCGGAUGAAGUAGCUUUUGUCCCAUUACAGUACACUGCAGAUAGGAAGGAUGGGAUUUCCACAAACCGUGCCUACAGAAGGCAGUCGGUAUAGCUUUAUAGGUUUAGUUACACAAAUUUUACAGUGUGAUAGAGGGUGUUCUUAUUGCAACAAAAUCACAGUUCUUUUGUAUCAAGUUAAAACUCUUCUUGGGUUGUUCUUUGUUCAAAGCAAUACAAAAUUUUGGUUCCCUUAGAAAA